CGACAGAUGGGACAGAAGUGAAUGGAGCCGCAGAAAUGCAUAAACAAUAUUCGUGAAGUCGGAAGUAUCGGCCGUUGUUGUGACGAUUCGGCCAAGACAAAUUGUAGACGAGGCGUCCAUUAAUAUUGGGGCCGCGACCAAAAUACAUGGCGGGUCCGCGCAGACGGCAGUAGGCGGCCAUCGGCGCACGCGCCGCCUCGCGCCUCCCGGAUUCAAACGUACCGGCCCGUUUACAACUCCGCGCUAAAAUUAACCGCUCGCCGCAUUCAUAUCUGCAUGUUCUCUGUUCCGCCUCGAAUAUACGCGACCUGUCACAUAAACCCACCAUGUGAAAAGCGAUACUAGUGCCACAGUGUCAGACGUGAACCGCGGGCAAACCGCCCGCCCCCUGCACACAGGAAGUAAAUAUAAUAUCGUGCGGUUAGCAUCGGACCUCCGAUAUGAAUCCGCCGUCGGCGUUGCACGGCGCGAUGGGCCAGGAGAGAAAGCCUUUCUCUUACCUGCCGGGAGGCCUGGACCUCUCGCAGAUCAAAUCCGAGCGUAUGGCGCAGAGGUUGAUGAGGAACGCCAUGAACCAGGGUGUUCCCGAAGUGCCGGUCAAUCAGAUACAGUCGCCGCCGACUCCGUCCACUCCAGUGGCUGUACCGAACUUCAGUUGCUUGCCGGUUCAAGUGUUGCCAGCCGGCUUUACGUUGCCGGCCAACCCUAAAUCUCUACUGAGGUCGAGAAGUAACCCCAGCCGCGAAUCUCAAAAAGCGCCACAGGCGCCGCAGUUCAUGAACCCACAACCCGUACCGCAAGUUCAGAACAACAUAAACAAAACUGCGCCGCAGCUUUCCCAAACAAACACAUUCAACAACAGACCUGUAUCGAUGUUUGACUAUGGUUAUUCGCCAAAUAAUAGCACAGCGAGAACGAGCUACGGCAGUGAUGGGUAUACGGCGCCAGCAUUGCCAGAAAUCUGUUUUGAGGCGGAAUAUUUUACUACAACACCUAAUUUGCCUCAUAAAACUGAGGAAAAUAACAACUUUUCGCAACCCUUACAGUCUCAACUAACUAUGAAAUUAAAUGACCCGAUAAAGGAAACGAAAAUUCAACCCAAAGAAAACUUACUGGAUUCAAAUGCUAAUGUUACAUGUGAAUAUCUCGGAGAUAAAAACGUACCUUCAAAUAAAAACGAAGAAUACUGUAAAACGCCUAUGUUACCAGAAAUUAGUAAUGCAACAGAUUUAAGUAUUGAACCGAUAUCAUUAGAUACUAGUGUAACAGCAAGAAGUCCGUUGACAAUAAAUAGUGAGAAUACAUCCCAAACAAAAACAUUAGAAAAUAUGUUUGACGAUAAGGAUGAAAAUAACGAAUCAGAUGUUAUUGUGCAAGUACCUGAUAAUGAAGUGACUAUAAAAGUAUACGAUUCCUUAGAAACUAAACCUGUUGCGGAUCUGUCGGACAUCAGUGACGAUCAGGUUGAUAAACAAGUGAAAGUGGUCAAAAAGCAAGUGAAAAAGGAAAGAAAAGUUGAAGAGUCAACAACUAAUGCUGAAGAACAAAAUGGAAAUCAAAAUAGUGAUGCCGAGGCAGAGUUGACCGUUAAGUUGCCGGCAAAAAAAUCAGGCACCAAAGUUGAAACAAGAGUUGAAGUUUCGAAAAAAAGUUUACCAGAUGGCUCAAUAGAAGAAAUAACUAAAACAAUUACCAAAACUACUACAGAUGGCAAGACAUCCAUCAAAACUAAAACCGAAACUAGAAUUAUUCCUAAAGAAGAACAUUCUGAGGAAGAAGUUGAAGAAGAGGCGGAAGAAGAAGCGGAAGAAGAAGUAGAAGAAAGGAAACCUGCUGUUGUCAAAGAAAAUGGUCACAAAGAAGUUACUGUUAACAAAACAGAAAGCACAGUAACUACAACAACGAAAAAAGUAGUAGAAGUGCAAUCCAAUGACCAGGAAGAGGAGGAAGAAGAGGAAGAGGAGGAAGUCGUUGAACCUGUUAAAGAGACUAAAGUGGUUGUGAAAACGGCUGAAAAAGUUCAACUAAAACAAGAAGCGGUCAAACAAGAAGAAGAAGAUGAAGAAGAAGAAGACGUGACAGAAGAAGAAGUUGUUGUCGCAAAGACACCAGUUUCAGCUCCCGAAGUAAAAUCCGAACCUAAGCAGGAAGAACAAGAAGAGGACGAGGAAGAGGAGGAAGAAGAAGAGGCGGUUGUUGUAAAAAAACCUGAACCCACAGAAAGCAAACAAGUAGAAGUUACAAAGAAAACAGAAGAAGAGGAAGAAGAAGAAGCAGAGGAAGAGGAAGAAUAUGAAGAAGCCGAGGAAGAUGUAAAAGCAGAUGCUAAGAAACCGGCACCAAAACCGGAGCCGGAACCAGAAUCUAAGCCUAAAGAAGAAGAUGAAGAAUCUGAAUAUACAGAAGAAGAAAUAGAAUCAGAGCCAGAGGAGGCACCUAAACCAACUCCAGUUGAAAAACAAGAACCUAAACCUGAACCACAACCAGAGCCCAAAGAAGAAAAGCCAGAACCUAAAGAAGUAAAACCCGAGGAACCAGCUCAGGCCGCACCGCAACCAGAGCGAAAAGUGCCACUGAGGGAACCAUCAAUCCCGCUUGAAAAGGUGGAAGAUGUCGAAAUUAAACCAAUAGGUGAGGCACAAACAGUGUCAAGAACUCACACUGAAAAUACCGAAAUUAUCAAAAACACUACAGCACCUGCUGGUUCAUUGAGUACUCAAACAGAAUAUAAUAGAGUUGAAAAUAUUGUCACCGUCAACCGCACAACUAAGACGUUAGACAAAGCUUAUGAACAAAUAACCCAAUCCGGGCCUCCCACAAUGAAAACUUACUUUGCGCCCAAUCGUGACCGAGUUUCUAUUUCUCCGUCGAAACCUUACCAACCCACCUACACUCCUGAACCACCGAAAACAGAGAGACGACACAGCUUGCUGUUAGAAAGGCUAAGCACAGAACGCCAGAUGCCAGGCUCAGAAAUAUAUCAAAACAACUACAACAGCCAGUAUAGCAAUCAAUCGAUCAAUCAAUCUUAUGACCAACAAAACAGGUGGGCUCAAGAACCUCAAUCGGAAGUUGUCAAUGUCAGCAAUGUUAAACCGAGUAAAAUCUCCAAUUCACAGUGGUACCAGCAGAACAGAAGUGAGAAUGUUCUCUAUAAUAAUGUGACGCCCACCUCUGCCCCUCCCGCCAGCCAGCUGUGGAGCCAGCAGCAACCUCAGCCUCAGCCUCAGCCCCAGCAUCAGCCUCAGCCACAAUACCAGCCCUCUUACACUCAAAGUACCCAAGACUACUCCAAAGUGUCAAACACUUACCAACAAAGCAGUUAUCCGUCCUACACACCUCAGCCAUCAAACUGGGGCAAUAACAACCUUAGCUCCGUUGAUACUGUCCCAACAAUAAACGUUCAACCGAAUCAAUCAUACUCAUCGUACGAUACUCAAAACUACCAGAAGUCUUCACAGCAGUAUUCUUCUUCAUACGUCCCUCCUCCAUGGGAACAGGACCCCAAUUACGUAGCUCCUGCUACGGCGAGCUUCUACCAGCCGAGAGCAGAUGCGCCGCAACCACCGCCCGCAACAAGCACGUUUAGCCCCAACACACAUCCGGGAUGGACACCGGCUAAAUCCAAAUUCUCCAAGCCCCCUCCUAAAGCCUACGUGCCACCGGCGCCAAAUCAGUCGUUUGUUAAAAACGUAAAUGUCACAGAACCUCCUCCACAACCCGGCCGCAAAACGUAUUAUAGCGAAUAUGAAAGACGUUACAUCACCGUUCCAGAAUCUAACUACGUACCCGGCGAGAGUAAAUACCAAGCUCAACCCGACCCGUCUCCACAGUAUUAUUACGAUAACAACGAUCAGCCGGCCGAGCCGGUGGAGCCGCAGUGGCGCAAGGAGCUCAGAGAAUUUACAGAGAAGACUUCUCAGACUCAAUACCAGACGCAGCAAACGUCCGUGAACCCGCCGUGGGAAUCCGAGCCCAACUACGCCAAGCCCGCUACCCCGAGCGCGAAGUUUACGUCGACGCCAUCCUGGAGCCAGACCCUUCGGCCGCAGUCGUGGCGCGAAAGGAGUUUCGAAUCUGAAUUGGUAUCUGAAUCUCAGGAAUGGGCAAAGAGCAAUACUUUGGGUAGAAACAGGCCAGUGAGUUCGUACGUGAAGAGCGCGGAGGCGCCGGCGCCGGAGAGGGCGCGCGGCGUGUCGGUGGACCGCUUCAACCCCAACAGCUACAGCGGGCCGAUCCUGUCCGAGCACCAGCCCGUGCAGGGCCAGACCCUCACGCCGGCCAACGCUCCCCACUCCAAGGGUUACCACAACCCCAAUGUGCCUGCUUACCACGCACGUGCCUCAGCUGAACCUAGAGAGCAGCACUACCACCACCCCCGCACCUACGGCCUGGACUCCCGCGCCAGCCCGCUACAGUCGCGCUCCUUCAAAUACCUGCAGUGGAUCACGGGCACCGAGGAAUAGGCCCUAAUCUUAAGUCUGUAACAUAAAUGCACAUAAUACGCGACCACCUGGCACAUUUCGUAAAUACUUGAAAACAUUUGCUGCGUUGCGAAAGCAAUGCAUUCAAAUUGGGAGUUCGUUACGAAAUAUGCCAUGUGCUAUAGUUUAAUGUAAGAUGUACAAAUCGAAACGACCGAUGGUGUAAAUUUAGAUAUAAGGUAGCCUCUGUUAGACUUCUUAUCUGUAACUCGCUAUUUAUUAAUUUUCUCUUCUUUCACAAUAAUGUAUACGGUUUCAAUAUAUACGUAAGGCGUGCCUUCCAUGUUUAAUUAAUCGUUACAUGUACAGGUUUCGUAUUUAUUACUAUCGCUUCCAAUUAUCGUGGGUUAUUUAAUAUUCUGAAUUAUUUCAAAAGUAUUAAUUCGAAGAAUGACAAGUAAGACAACUACUCUCGGUAGUUAAUUUAUGUACUUAAAAUCGUUUUAAGACUACCGGGUUGAGUAGUACUUUCCUUUUCCUAAUCAAAUGUGUAUAGAAAUCAACUGUAGUGUGAGCAGGAUCGAUAAUAGGAAGUGUGUUUAUAGUUGAUCUAAUCUGUGCUAUACGCCAUGUGAUACGUGUCCUCGCUAACGUAGACUAGCCUCUCGCUAGUUAGCUAACUCCUCUUAUCUUACCUUAUUGUAACUACGAAUGCAUUUCAGCUUCAUUUUCAACUAAUUUACUUCGAUUAGGCAGGUUUUUUAUACUAUUUAAAAAUAAAUGUCGUUUCUUCGGAUGGAUUUUGGAUCCGUCACAAUACUCGUGUAUCUAUCAUGUCUCAAUGUGAUAUUUAAAUGACUGUUAACAUAAUCAUGUAUUUUUGGAUGAUGUUGCGUUACUUGCGUUUUACAUUUCCCAAAUAUAAUUUAGAAAUUUAGUAAGAAAUUCUAUAAAUGUUAUUACCUGCUUAUCUUCUGGAGUUCUAACAAAAUUUCCCUGUCGAUUCAGUUACAAAUGUCGGGUGAAAUCCUUACAUAUAGAUUUUAAAGUGAAUUCCGGGAUUCUUCCGUAGAAACGACGGUUAGGACUUAAAUAAUGGAUAUGGGGGCACGGAAGUGAACCCCGACCAGUUUUAUUCUUCUCUCCUCAUCGGUAGAUGGCGUUAGGUUGUAUACUUGUGACUUUCCAUUUUUAUUUUUAGAGAAAAAUGGCUAAGCACAUUUGUACCCGUACUAAGUAAUUUAUUUUAUAUACCUACUGACAAUUUAUUUAAUUCAUAGAUCACGAACUCAAGAUGUGUAUUUAAUAUCCUUUUUGGUUUAGAUAUAAAGUGCAUGGUCCAUUAAAUAGUAACAACAUAUCGUCCUUUAUUUGAUUACGUUAUUUGUGAGGUUAUUGUUGAGUUUUAUUUAAUAAAAUAUAAACAAUUAAUAUAUA